AUGAAGUUCUUCGUUGCCACCGCUGCCCUCGUCGGCCUCACUGCCGCUCACAAGAACGCCACCGGCACCGGCGAGGUCGUCUGGACCACCGAGGUUGUCACCGCCUACACCACCUACUGCCCGGCUCCCACCACCGUCGUUGUCAACAACAAGACUCACACCGUCACUGAGGCCACCACCCUCACCAUCACCGACUGCCCCUGCACCAUCUCCAAGCCUCACACUCCCACCGGUGGUGUCCCCGUUACCACCAACCCGGCCAAGCCUACCGGCACUGGUGCCAUCCCUACCGGCCCCAGCACCAAGCCCACCAGCCCUCCCCAGGUUGGUGGCGCUGCCGCCGCCGUUCCCUUCGGCGCUGCUGCCCUCGCUGCCCUCGCCAUGCUGUAA